GACUUGUUUUCAGUUCUAUUUCUGAAACGGUUUUGAGAAAUGCAAAAAAAUUGUAUAACCGGUAGAAAAAAUAUUCAAGAAAAAUAUAAUUGAUUGAAGAAAAACUAUUAGAAAUAAAUAGGCAUAGAUGUAAAUACAACAUGUGCGAAUAACGUAAUACGAGUAAAUAAUAAUUAAUAGUGAAUAACUUUGUUUAAAAUACAAACAUCCAAAAUCGCAUAAAUACAAAAAACAUAUCUUACAUAAAGAAUAUCGGUUUCCAGGAAUACGCCAAAUUGUAUUGAGCAACAAAAUCUUAAAGUGCCUCCUUCUUCUUCAUUUCAAUAGAUUGUUUGUGAAUUCAAGAAAUAAUUGUGAAAUAUUUUAAGAAAACAAAAGAAAGAAUGAAUAAAGUGAUUAUCAUGAAAUUUAAUAAAUAAAACAAAAGCAAAGAAUACAAAAUUAAAUUUAAAUUGAAUAAGUAAAAAAAAAUUAAAGAAUAAUAUAAUUUCAUAAAGCUAUAAAAAUGCAAAACAAAUUUAAUUUAACUGCUGAAAUCUUAUAAAAGAAUGUGUUAACCAAUUGUUUUGAAAAUUUUUGAGAAAAUAAAAUUUUAUUAUUCUUUUGGAAUAUUCAUAACGUGCACUUCAUUUGUAGUUGUGGAUUUAAAUUGCAGUAAACCAGUAUUUCGCUUAAAACGAUUCAAUUUUAGUUGAACCAACCAAAAAUAAUAUAUUCCGACAAAAACAAAACAAGAAAACAAAUGUUUUGAUAACAGUAAAAAGUUUUGGUUUCGGUCAGUUUCAAUAUCAAGACAAUGAAUCCCUCAUUUAAAACUCGAACAAGUGACGAAGCACUUGAUGAACAUAUACAACAACUGAAAGCCACAACGGCACAAAGAAAACAAAAUUUAAAUAAAAUAUAUGGAAACAACAAAACAUCCAGCAGCAUCUUACCAAUACCGCCUACACCACCAGCAGCAAAGCACCAACAACAACCCAUGGAAGAAAUGCGCAUGCGCAGCGAUUCUUCAGCCACAAGUAUUUAUGUAAUGGGCCACAAUUCCACCAUAAAAGAUCCCUAUGCCAGCAAUAACACAACAUUGGAUCGUAAGCAAGAACAUCGUUUAUCAUGGGUUAAUAUGCGUCGAAGAGCUGAAAGUGGUGCUGGCAGUAUAAGUGGCAAUAGCCGGGGUGGUGGUAGUAGUAAUAUGGUGCCACCUAUAACACCUUCACCACAAACAACACGCAGUUAUAUAUCGAACAUUACUACUACAGAGCUAAUGGGUUCGAAUGUUAUUGGUCGUGGUGCUGGCAUUAGAGAUGUGGGUGGCGGUGUUGGUGGCAGCGGCGGAGUGGGUACCAUAAGCGGUCGUACAACUGCCACUUCAGGACGUAUUAGUUCCAGUGGUAUUACUACCAUUAGUGGUAGCAAUAAUACACUUAACGACAUUCACUCGGAUUAUCAUAGUCAAGAUGUGGGCGGCACUGGUAGUGAUUAUCAUAAUUUUUCACGCAUUGGCGUAUCGCCCAUGAAACAGCAUUUGUCGGUGAAUAGUAGUUUUAAUUUGGCCAAUGGAAGUACGGUUAAAUUGUUAACUGCCACAGAUGAUGAAUCAAAUCAACAGACAAAAUGUUCGGUAUUUCGUGGUCUAGUAUUGUGCAUCUGCCUAAAUGUUACCUACGCCAAUGUUGUUCGUUUUCCCCGUGAAAUGGAUAAAUACGGUUUAGCGUAUUUGAUUCCAUACUUAAUACUAUUAUUUCUAGUCGGUUUACCCAUUGUACUGUUGGAGAUAUCAGUGGGACAAUUUUUGGGACAAGGUGCAGCACAUACAUGGAGAUCAUCACCGAUAUUUAAAGGAGCCUGUAUUGUCAGUCGUUUUGCCUCUUGGGUUUCUACCGUCUGGGUGUCUCUGCAGGCCGUUAUGGCCUUGGCUUAUGUGGGCAUGUUUGCCUUUAACAGCUUUCCCUUUAGAGAGUGUUUGGGUAAUUUAAGAUUGGCGGCGGAUGGUUAUGCCUUAAGCAAUAUCAGUGGCCAAGAAUGUAUGGAAAAGACUUUUCUAACUCCCUUCUGGGAAAAUCCAUUCUUUUAUGGUAUAUUAUCGAUUGGUUUGAUUGGCCUAUGGGCGGUGGUAAUGUUGUGCACACAUAAUGGCCGUGUUUUACGUCGAGUUCUAUUUAUUUUCGGUUUAUUGGGCUUUCUAUUGUUGUGCUGUCUUACCGGUUGGGAGAUUCACAAUUCACUGGAUAAAAUUACGCCAUAUUUUCCACCCUUAUAUGGUUUUACCAAGGAAUAUUUGUAUGAAAGUAAUCUGUGGUUUAGCGCCCUAAUGCAAGUUAUAUUUGCCUUAAAUUGUGGUUUUGGUGUUUUGCCCAUGAUUACUGGAAAGUUUCUGUAUAAAGGUGAUGCUGUACGUACCUCAGUGGUUUAUUUAUGUUUUAAUCUACUGAUUAAUGCCAUAGCAGUUACACUGUUUAUGAUACAAUUCGAUCAUUCGGCCAAUGGUGCCUAUAUGAUAGAGGAAUUGAAACCGUUGACUACCAUAUAUGAUCGGAUAUUGUAUGACAAACCGCUAUAUGAAUUGUGGAUUAAGUUAUUACCCUCUUUGGUUUAUGUUUUGGUGGUGAUCUCUUGCUUUAUAACCAUAGUAGUGGGUAUUUAUACUUGCACUAGACUGGUGCCUAGACAUCCAAAUUAUGUCAUCAGUUUGGUGGGUUUAGUGGCGUCCAUAAUUUCCUUAUCGGCUCCUAAGUUUUAUAUAGCUAGAUUAUUGGAUUCUCGCAUUGUGGGUACUAUGAUUAUAACAGCUUUGGUAUUUGAGCUGAUAGCUGUGACGUGGAUUUAUGGUGUGAAAAAUAUCUAUACUGAUUUGGAAUUUUCCAUAGGUCGUCCAAUUUAUAAGAUAUGGUUGGGUUUGUGGUGUAUAUGUCCGGCCAUUUUGACGGGCCUUUUGGUCUGGUGGUGUUCAGAUGAUGAUGAAUUCGAUUUAUUGGCUAAUAUUAUGCCUAGAUGGGCUCCUAUAUUAUUUGUUUUAUUUGUUAUAAUGGUUAUAGCUUGUAUACAGAUCUUCCGUCAAGUGGAGUAUAAUUUCUUUGGCAUGAUAUGUGAGGCUUCUAAGUCAGCCAAAGAAUGGGGUCCUGCCGAUCCUUUGGCCAGACAUGCCUGGAAACAAUGGCGUUCUGUAUGCCAAGAUACUGGACAAAGAGAUUUUACCUUAAGACGUCGUGGCACCAGAGACUAUACACACUCUAUUAAAAAGGGGCAAUAUUCCACCUCGAAUAAAUAUGCUAAUGGGACAGCAGGAAUGGCGGGUAGUACAAAUAAUCAGCAUAACAAUUGGAAAUCUUCUACACCAGGCAAUAGUUCUCCCAAUUACAGUGGUUCGGUAUUUGGUGACUCAGCCAUAGAGGAAGAUAUAAGUGUGGAUAAGUUUCCAGGAAUAACACAACAAUUUGUGCCAUUUCAUAGCAAUGAAACUAACAAUAAACCUGCCAGACAAUCACACCGAUCACGCAGUCAACCGCGUACCGGACAUCAACUGCCACAACCACAACAACCCCAAGCAACAACAACAACACAAAGACUACAACAUCACAGCAGUCAAAUAGAAUUACGUCCUAAUAAUACAGAACCCAACACCAGCUCCAACACAACCAACACCAAACAUCGUGAAAUUGUCUAUAUUAGACGUUUAUCCUCUGAAGAGGGACAACAUGCUACACGCAUAGAAAUUACACCCUCCCAAGAAUCAAUAUCAUAUGCACCCACCCGCAAUCCCAUGGCCAGAUCCAGUGGAUCGCAUGGUAAUGCCAACAAUUAUGUUAAACGUACUUCCAGCUCAUCGAAAAUGGAAAAUAAUCGUAAUAUUUCUAAGCCUACACCCUUAGCGGCCGAUGUUAAUAAUAGUGAUCAUAUAUGUUGGCGUAAAUUUUCCAUGAAUCCUCAAGAAUAUUCUACAGAAUUGUGAUCUUAAAUGCCUUAAGUAAAACAACAACAACAACAACAAACCACAACGAAUCUAGUGAUUUUUCUCUAUUUAAAUUGUAUAUAAGUAAAAAAAGAAAAAAAACUAAAUAAUUAAGGUGAAAUUUUAAACGAAUCUCAAACCUUUAAAUACAGAUGUUUGUGUUGUUAUUGAAGGCAACAAAAAGUUUGCCUUUUUUCUGCCCAGUUUAGGAGAGAAAAGUUGUUUGGAGUAACAAAUUAAAUAACUUUUUUAAAGUUUUAUUUUGUAACUCAAAAGAAAAGUCGUUUGGAGUAACAAAUUGAAAAGCUUUUUAAAGUUUUAGUUUGUAUUCCCAAAUAUAACACAAAAAAUAUGCAUUUUACAAAAAAGUUGCAAAAAAAAGUCAACAUUUUUUCUUGCCCUUAAGAUAAAGACUAAAGACACUGUGUUAAAUGGUUUAAAAACUUCGAAACGAAAUCGAUUUCACCUUAAUUAUUUGCCGACAUAUCCAAAUAUAUAAAAAAAUAUCAGCUAUAAGUACAUUCCCAAAUAUAUAAUUUACAUUUACAUAUAAAAAGACUUUAUUUUCAUAGAAAAAAAUGAAAAUUGUAAAAAUUAAUUACAAAACGAAAAUAAUUUAAAAUUUAAUUAUUAUUAGUGUAAAUAGUUUUAAACAAACAUAUAAAUUAAACAAUGAGGAAGUAUAUAUUUAAACAAUCCAAACAAAAACCACUUACAAAUAACAUGCCAUAAAUUUGUUGGUUGUUGUUUUGGGAAGACUUACUGCUCCUCUAAUUGCCUUAUUCAUAACAAUUUAUCAAAGGUUUAUUGAACAAAUUUUGUACAAUAAAUUGUCUUAUAAACCUGCGAUAAAUUAUUAUGAAUAAGACCCUAAAUUCAAAUUGUAUACUUUAUGCAAUCCUUACUACAUCCAUACAUCAUUAAUUUUGUACUAAAUUUUUAGUUAUUUUUUCUUUUUGUUUUGUUUAAAUUAAGCAUUUAUUAUGAUUUUAAUUUAAUAUUAUUUUGUAGUUUAUUUAAAGUAAUUAUAAUUAUGUGUAAUUAUAUAUUAAUUAUUUAGGCCUUAAAGUGCAUGUUAUAUUUCUGUAAUUGUUUAGUAAUAGUUUAUGUAAAUAGUUAUUAUCAAUUUAGAAACCAAAUUAUUUAGAUGUAAAAUUCCUCAAACCACAAGAAACAAAGUGUUAUCUUUGAUGAAUAGCAGAGAAUUUAUUGUUCUCUAAAUGAUUAAGUAAUAAAUAAAACGAAAACAUAUAAUUUAAUCGAAA